AUGAUUUCCUUUUCCCUUUUGCUUUUUCUAUAUCUUCCUAGGUUUACUUAUCUUUUCUCUUUGUUUUCCCUAGAUUACAGUACCUACAGCCAAGCUGCAGCCCAGCAGGGCUACAGUGCUUACACCGCCCAGCCCACUCAAGGAUAUGCACAAACCACCCAGGCAUAUGGGCAACAAAGUUAUGGAACCUAUGGACAGCCCACUGAUGUCAGCUAUACCCAGGCUCAGACCACUGCAACUUACGGGCAGACCGCCUACGCAACCUCUUACGGACAGCCUCCAACGGGGUACAGUACUCCAGCUGCCCCACAGGCCUACAGCCAGCCUGUCCAGGGCUACGGCACUGGUGCUUAUGACACCACCACAGCAACGGUGACCACCACCCAGGCCUCUUAUGCAGCCCAGUCUGCAUACGGUACUCAGCCUGCCUACCCAACGUAUGGGCAGCAGCCGGCUGCCACCGCACCUGCAAGACCACAGGAUGGUAGCAAGCCUGCUGAAACUAGUCAACCUCAAUCCAGCACAGGAGGCUACAGCCAGCCCAGCAUGGGGUAUGGACAAAGUAACUACAGUUACCCCCAGGUGCCUGGGAGCUACCCCAUGCAGCCGGUCACCGCGCCUCCAUCCUAUCCUCCUACCAGCUAUUCUUCUUCCCAGCCGACUGGCUACGAUCAGAGCAGUUACUCUCAGCAGAACACCUAUGGACAGCCAAGCAGCUACGGGCAGCAGAGCAGCUACGGGCAGCAGAGCAGCUACGGACAGCAGCCGCCAACUAGCUACCCCCCCCAGACUGGCUCCUACAGCCAGGCACCAAGUCAAUAUAGCCAACAGAGCAGCAGCUACGGGCAGCAGAGUUCAUUCCGACAGGACCACCCCAGUAGCAUGGGUGUUUAUGGGCAGGAGUCUGGAGGAUUUUCCGGACCAGGAGAAAACCGGAGCAUGAGUGGCCCUGAUAACCGGGGCAGGGGAAGAGGGGGAUUUGAUCGUGGAGGCAUGAGCAGAGGUGGGCGGGGAGGAGGACGCGGUGGAAUGGGCAGCGCUGGAGAGCGAGGUGGCUUCAAUAAGCCUGGUGGACCCAUGGAUGAAGGACCAGAUCUUGAUUUAGGCCCACCUGUCGAUCCUGAUGAAGACUCUGACAACAGUGCAAUUUAUGUGCAGGGAUUAAAUGACAAUGUGACUCUGGACGAUCUGACAGACUUCUUUAAGCAGUGUGGGGUGGUUAAGAUGAACAAGAGAACUGGGCAGCCUAUGAUCCAUAUCUACCUGGACAAGGAGACCGGGAAGCCCAAAGGCGAUGCCACUGUGUCCUAUGAAGACCCACCGACUGCCAAGGCUGCCGUGGAGUGGUUUGAUGGGAAAGAUUUUCAAGGGAGCAAGCUUAAAGUCUCUCUGGCCCGGAAGAAGCCGCCCAUGAACAGCAUGCGGGGUGGAAUGCCACCCCGAGAGGGUAGAGGCAUGCCGCCGCCACUCCGUGGAGGUCCGGGGGGCCCAGGAGGUCCUGGUGGGCCAAUGGGUCGCAUGGGAGGCCGUGGAGGAGACAGAGGGGGCUUUCCCCCACGAGGACCCCGUGGUUCCCGAGGGAACCCCUCUGGAGGAGGAAACGUCCAGCACCGAGCUGGGGACUGGCAGUGUCCCAACCCGGGUUGUGGGAAUCAGAACUUCGCCUGGAGAACCGAAUGCAACCAGUGUAAGGCCCCUAAGCCUGAAGGCUUCCUCCCGCCACCCUUCCCGCCCCCAGGUGGUGACCGUGGCAGAGGCGGCCCUGGUGGCAUGCGGGGCGGGAGAGGUGGCCUCAUGGACCGCGGAGGUCCCGGCGGAAUGUUCAGAGGUGGCCGUGGUGGAGACCGAGGUGGCUUCCGUGGCGGUCGAGGCAUGGACCGAGGUGGCUUUGGUGGAGGAAGACGAGGUGGUCCCGGAGGUCCCCCUGGACCAUUGAUGGAACAGAUGGGAGGAAGAAGAGGCGGGCGUGGUGGACCUGGGAAAAUGGAUAAAGGCGAGCACCGCCAGGAGCGCAGAGACCGGCCCUACUAGACGAGACCCCGCAGAGCUGCAUUGACUACCAGAUUUAUUUUUUAAACCAGAAAAUGUUUUAAAUUUAUAAUUCCAUAUUUAUAAUGUUGGCCACAA